CAGGUGUGUAGGACGCUAUUUUAUUACUUACCUGCCGCAGGUGACUAUGGUAGAAGUCAAACAAACUAACUAACGAACUGAAGCGAAACAAGUCACAGUUGAUAAAAUGAAUAACCCAAUCCCGUCCAACAUGAAGUCCGAGGCGAAGAAAGCUGCCAAGAUCCUCAGAGAGUUUACUGAUAUCUCCAACGGCACUGGUGCUGACAAACUCAUCCCAGCCAAUAUAUUAGCCAAGUGUCAGGGCCUGGCCAUCAUCACAGUGAUCAAGGCAGGCUUCAUGAUCACAGCUCGAGGCGGCAGCGGUAUAGUCAUCGCUAGACUGGCUGACGGACGUUGGUCUGCUCCCUCUGCCAUUGGUAUAGCUGGUCUGGGCGGUGGCUUUGAGAUUGGAGUUGAGGUAUCAGACCUGGUGGUGAUUCUGAUGCAGCGCAGGGCGGUGGAUUCUUUCUCUAAAGGAGGGAACCUCACUCUGGGGGGCAACUGUACUGUGGCGGUAGGACCGAUGGGGAGGAACUUGGAGGCUGAUGUAGCCCUACGUAGUACAGCAGCAGUGUUUACAUACUGUAAGUCCAGAGGGCUGUUUGCUGGAGUCUCUCUGGAGGGAUCCUGCCUCAUAGAACGCAAAGACACCAACCGCAAGUUCUACUCCCAGGACAUCCGUGCGUCGGCCAUAUUGAAUGGAGAUGUAGAACCUCCCCCAGAAGCUGAUGACCUGUACUGUGUCCUGGAGACGUACACAGAAAAAUACACUACGGAGUGGACGGCCAAACACCUGGCGCAGAAGGCCGUUCAUUCCAGUGGUCCUCCAGCUAGACCCCGAGCUCCUGCAACACAGAGACCUGCUAGCACAUACAGGACGGAGGCAGUGAAGCCCUCCCUCUAUCCAAGCAUCUCUACCUUCAAAUCUGGCAGCACAGAAUCCUAUAAGAGAAGUCCAAGUAGCAGAAGGACAGUCCAAAAUGAUUACGGUGGGGUCGAGACGUGGGACGCGGGGCCUGUAGUCGUCACGGCGGUACACCCGUUCACAGGGCAACAGCCUGGCGACCUGAGCUUCAACCCUGGCGAUCGCAUCACUGUGGUUACCAAGACAGAGUCACAGUAUGACUGGUGGGAGGGAACGCUUAACGGACGGACCGGAAUCUUCCCCGCUAACUUCGUCUCCUACCCCUGAACACACACACACACACACACACACACACACACACACACACACACACACACACACACACACACACACACACACACACACACACAGGUCUGUCACACACAUGGACACUUAUAUUGCUGGGAGUAAUGUUUUCAACACACUACAUGGACACAUGAUGACACUGAGGAAAUGCACCCACAGUCACUAACACACUAACACUCUAACACACUCCACAAUGUAUGGGUAGCCACGCUGUCUUCCUAUUGGACUGUUCCUACCUGAACUUUACUCUGGCUCGCUAUAGUCCAGUUCACUAAGUUCAGCCUGCUUUUGAAGCCAAAACGGGGAGGGACCUACCUGAAUUUGUCCAAUAGAAACUCUUGUUUUCGUUGCACAAUGUUUUGCCACAGUGUUUUGACUAAUGAAUACACCCCAGAUGUUACCAGCCAGCUCUGUUGACUUCUAGAGACCCGAACCAUGCUGGAAAGGGUGAUGUAGAAAGACAAUAUCCGUGCCAGUGCAGUGCAGUUUGGGUCGGCGAGAUUGUGUGAAUAAAGGUACCAGUUUUAAAGCAUUGAACAGAAGAAAGCUAAAGUAAGGUGAUGUUAUCUUCGACGCUGUACACUGUUUAUAUAUUCUCACUCAUUAUUUUAUAUACUGUACGUCAAGUCACAAAUUGGCUGGCUUGACAAGGGUGUUUGACAUGUUACAAUGAAGUCAAUAGAUUAUUUUAUUUUUUGGUUUGUAUAAAAUGCAUUAUAGAUUAUUGGGGAAAUCUGUAACUGCUUGUUAUUUUAUGUUCUGAACUAAAGUUUCUGGGAUUAUGUGCAGUAUUCUCUCCGUACUGCCAUUUGUAUAUGAUGCUGGAUCAAAGUAUUUAAUAUAAAAUAAUCUUGUUUUAUCUUAACAUGUGUAUGUAAUGAUGAUUUGUACGGAUUUCUCUCUGUGUGAAUAUGUAUUAAAGAACCGUGUUGAA